AAGAGACCAACCGAGGCGCUUCCUGGUUUUUAGGAAGAAGACUGGUAUGGGAAAUGUGUUCCUUGCUAAUUCUUCCAAGCCAUGGCACUUCCCAACAAAUUCUUCCUUUGGUUUUGCUGCUUUGCCUGGCUCUGUUUUCCUAUCAGCCUUGAUUCUCAGCCUUCUAGGGGAGAAGCUCAGAUUGUAGCUAGAACUGCGUUGGAAUCUGAGGCUGAGACUUGGUCCUUGCUGAAGCAUCUAGAUGGGAGACACAGACCUGGUCUCCUUUCCCCUCUCUUAAAUGUUCUGUAUGAUGGGCACGGGGGACACCCCAGGCUGCAGCCAGAUGACAGAGCUUUGCGCUACAUGAAGAGGCUCUAUAAGACAUACGCUACCAAGGAGGGGACCCCUAAAUCCAACAGAAGCCACCUCUACAACACUGUUCGGCUCUUCACCCCCUGUGCUCAGCAAAAGCAGGCUCCUGGGGACCAGGCGACAGGAACCCUUCCAUCAGUGGACCUGCUGUUUAACCUGGACCGUGUUACUGUUGUGGAACAUUUAUUCAAGUCAGUCUUGCUAUAUACUUUCAACAACUCCAUUUCUUUUCCCUUUCCUGUUAAAUGUGUAUGCAACCUGGUGAUAAAAGAGCCAGAGUUUUCUAGCAAGACUCUCCCUAGAGCUCCAUACUCAUUUACCUUUAACUCACAGUUUGAAUUUAGAAAAAAAUACAAAUGGAUUGAGAUUGAUGUGACAGCUCCUCUUGAACCUCUGGUGGCCUCCCACAAGAGGAAUAUUCACAUGUCUGUAAAUUUUACAUGUGUGAAAGACCAGCUGCAGCAUCGUUCAGCACAGGACAGCCUGUUUAACAUGACUCUUCUCGUAGCGCCCUCACUGCUUUUAUAUCUGAACGACACAAGUGCUCAGGCUUUUCACAGGUGGCAUUCCCUCCACCCUAAAAAGAGGCCUUCACAGGGUCCUGACCAGAAGAGAGGGCUGUCUGCCUAUCCCAUGGGAGAAGAAGCUGCUGAGGGUGUAAGAUCGUCCCGUCACCGGAGAGACCAGGAGAGUGUCAGCUCUGAAUUGAAGAAGCCUCUGGUUCCAGCUUCAUUCAAUCUGAGUGAAUAUUUCAAACAGUUUCUUUUUCCCCAGAAUGAAUGUGAGCUCCAUGACUUUAGACUUAGCUUUAGUCAACUGAAGUGGGAUAACUGGAUUGUGGCCCCACACAAAUACAACCCUAGAUACUGUAAAGGGGACUGUCCCAGGGCGGUCGGACAUCGGUAUGGCUCUCCGGUUCACACCAUGGUGCAGAACAUCAUCCAUGAGAAACUUGACUCCUCAGUGCCGAGACCAUCCUGUGUACCUGCCAAGUACAGUCCUUUGAGUGUUUUGGCCAUCGAGCCUGAUGGCUCAAUCGCUUAUAAAGAAUAUGAAGAUAUGAUAGCCACUAAGUGUACCUGUCGUUAACACAGACUCCUGUCAAGUGAAACCGUGAGUGUCCUGGCCAAUGUAAAUGCCGCACACCUGUCUAUGCCUUUGGGAGGAAGUUUCUUGUGUCAAAUCUCUGACUGUACUCCAGUGUGUUGUGUAAGGAGGAGCCUGUGUAGAUCAGCAUAUUCUGUGGCAUCUAUCAAUGUAAAGGGGUAACAGCUGCCUUCCUCAUGGCCAAAUGUUUAAAUGAAAUAUAUUUCUUUUGGAGAACUUUAAAUUUUUUCCCAAGUGAUUCUUUUUUCUUUUUGUAGGAGUUUUCUUUUUGGUGUAAGAAAAUAAAAAAACUUUAAUUAGCAUGAAUUUGGGGUGAAAUUUGCAGUUCUAGACAACUCAGAGUGCUAUAGUCUUAAUGGAGGAAUAAAUUCCUGUGAGUGGCAUAAAUUUUCUGUGUGUGGUUUUAAUUAAAGAUUUGCUUUUAAAUGGUCAUUUGAGAGGGAGAGGAAGUGUCUAAAAGCUAGUCUUUACUCAAUUUAACUUACUAUCCCUUUUUCAGAGUUAGACUAACUCUCUACCUAAAUUAGACUAGAAAGUAUACAAUAUAUUGAGCUUCCCUAGUGGCUCAGUGGUAAAGAAUCUGCCUGCCAAUGCAGUAGAUGUAGAUUCAACCACUGGGGAAGGAGAUGGCAACCCAUCCAGUGUUCUUGCCUGGCAAACCCCACGGACCAAGAAACCUGGCAGGCUGUAUAGUCCAUGGGGUCACAAAAGAGUCAGGCAUGACCUAGCAACUAAACAACAUACACUAUAACCAAUUUCUGUUGUGUUAAUGAUUGGUACUAACUCUGUGCCUUAGAUGGCUUUAUUUAAAGGAAACAGCCUUGCAAAUUUUCCCAAGAAAUUGCAGAGUUUAAGAUUUUUAAAACGUAUUUUCUUCUCUUUAUAUUUAAAACUCUGAACCUUUGGAAGGCGGUCAAGAAGCGUUUUUUUUCUUAGUUUGGUUUUGCUGCUUUCCCUCAGCUCCCAUCACUCCACCCUGCAGGUUUUUUCCAGGUGAAUUUAACACUGUUAGCACUAAAUUAAGCUGGCAGUGACUAGGUUAUAUUACAGAGCAGCCCUUGUUUGGAUAUGAGAGCUUUUAUGUGGGUUUUCAGUAAAUCUACCUUGAGAGAGACCUGGAGGCAGGGAGUCCGGGGCUGAGCAGUGAUUUCUGUUUCAGACUUUGUAAAACCCUCAUCUACAAAUCAAAAGUUCCUCCAAGGGACAUCCCUGGUGGCCCAGUGGUUAAGAAUCCGCGUUUCAAUUCAGGGGACAUGGGUUCGAUCCCUGGUCUGGGAACUAAGAUCCCACAUGCUGCAGAGCAGCUAGUGUGUCACGUCCACAACUAGACAGAAGACAGAAUGCUGCAACUGACCCAACACAGCCAUAAAAAAAUAUAUAUAAAAAAAAAAGUACCUCCAAUAUGCAAGUACUUCUCAUUCUUGUAAAUUAUCUUUGCUUGGUGCCUAGUGUCUAAAUAAGUCAGCUGGGAUUUUGAUAGAGAUUGUGUUCAAUCUGUAGAUUAGUUUGGGGUGUAUUGCCAUCUUAACAUCAAGACAUCCAAUCCAUAGGUGUAGUGGAUCCAUUUAUUUAGAUCUUCAGCUGGUAAAGAAUCUGCCUGCAAUGCGGUUCAAUCCCUGAGUUGGGAAGAUCCCCUGGAGAAGGGAAAGGCUACCCAUUGCAGUAUUCUGGCCUGGAGAAUUUCAUGGACUGUGUUGUCCAUGGGGUCACAAACAGUCGGACACAACUGAGCGACUUUCACUUAAACCACUACGAUAUGAAAAAUGGGACUGAAAACAAAAGCUUCAGGUGGCCCAGUUUCCAAUAACUUUGCCAUCUUGUUGUAUAACUUGGAGUCAUUAUUCUUGGGUACAUGAGGCUGCAAGUGUAAGAGAGAAAUGGUGUUUUGUUAUUCUGUUAUUCUUAGGAUUAAAAGAUAUUUGGAAUAGUCAGGCUACAAGUGAUGGUGACAAGGUACAACUGAGCUUAUUAAAUCUCCCUUAAUAUGCUAAAGGGAGCCAGGAGAGUUGCCUGAGCCCACAAAGUGUGCAGUGGAAGCUGGGGAUUGAUACUCCAGGGUUGACAAGAGUAAUAGUGGAAGCUUUUUGCCCCUAAGGUGGAAUGGUUUGGAGUUGAAUUAUGUGCUGCAGAAAAGAGGUCCCCUGUUAAAUGGCUUUUGUGUUCAACUUUUUGUGCAGACUUUUUGAAGGCAUAAUGCACUGAACCCUGAAGUUAUAGAACAUAGAAAUCAUCAGAUUUCCAUUUUAGUUGGAAACUUUCUGUAUAAAGAAGCAAAUUAAACAUAGUUUGAUGGGCAGAUUGGCCCUUUGAUAUCAUUUAGGCAGCAGCUCAAUUCUUUGGGAAAUUGAAAACGUUGUCUUACAAAUCUCUGAAAACCAUAACCUCUUUAAGAUUAUUUAUCGAAAUAUAGUUUACCCUUAAACAACACAAGGGUUAGAGGCGCUGACCCCUUGCAUAGUCAAAAAUCCAAAUGUAGGGACUUCCCUGGGGUCCUAGUGGUUAAGACUUCCACUGCAGGUUCAUCCUUGAUCGGGCAACUAAAGAUCUCACAUAUGGCGAGGCCAAAAAAAUUAAAAAUUCACAUGUAACUUAUGAUUCCCCACAAAAUUUAACUACUAACAAACUGUUGACCAGAAGCCUUACCGAUAUCAUGAACAAUCAAUUAACACAUAUUUUGUUAGCUAUAUGUGCUAUAGGGCUUCCCUGGUGGUUCAGCAGUAAAGAACCCACCUGCCAAUGCAGCAGACCCAGGUUUAAUCACAGAAUCAGGAAGACCCCCUGGAGAAGGAAAUGGCAACCCACUCCAGUAUUCUUGCCUGGGAAAUCCCCUGGACAGGUUUGGUGGGCUACAGUCCAUGGGGUUGCAAAAGAGUUGGACACAACUUAGCUACUAAACAACAAACAAGAGAAUGUACUAUAUCCUGUAUUCUUACCAUAAAGUAACUUAGAGGAAAGAAAGAAAAAAAAUCUCCCUUAAGUAUGGCUAUUUUCAAAUGGAUCACAUGAAAUCUAUCCACUUUAAGGAUCCCUUAUAAUUCCCCAAUCGCCCUAAACUGACAUUUAUUUCCUUAAACAGGGGAAUUUGUUUUGCCUUAUUGUUUGUUUGGUUUUUUUUUUAUCGUGGUUUAGUUCUGUGGCUGAGUAUGGAAUUUGGUCUGCAAUCGGAAGGUUUUGAAAAAGGUGGGGGAGUUUGAUGGAAGCUAAGUAUUAGAGUCAGUGCCAAAAUUAGGAGUAGAUAAAUAGUUCAACUCUAUAGGUAGGUUCUAAAACUGUCUGACUUAGAACACUUUUGCAUAGUGUUUUGAUGCUAUAACUGAGUAACUGUAGUUUGAAGAUAUGUGAGCUUGGCUUCCUCCCAUCCCCUUAUGCUUUAUUUGUAAUUUAGUCUCUUUCAUAGGACAUCGUUAAUAUUCAGGGCUUAUGUUUGCUAAAUUUAAACUUCAAAGAUUCUCCUCUACACUACUGAGGAGGAUAUACUAGUCUCCCAGCUGCCUCCUCCAUAUGAAACCUAUUUUUCUUCAGUUACUCUUAUAAAAGCUGCCAAUUUAGAAAAUAAAUGAGAAAGGACAACAGUGAUUUAGAUCUGGAAAUUCAAGGAUGAGGCUACAUCUGCCUUAAAUAGAUGCAUUCAGCUUUGGUAUUUAGUCCAGAUGAGAUACGAGGUCACUUAAUGUGAUGAGUGCCUUAGUGUGCCAAGAAACAAUGGGCCAUGUCAGGAGCUCGGAUCACCUUCAGCUCCGAGUUUCCUGCUCUUUAUCGGUUUAAAUCAACUCCUCUGUUACGUUGAAUACUUUGUUUUACUAGCCAGCUUCAAGCAUAGCAGCUGCUCAAGUUGGUUCAGAACUCAAUUUAGCCAAUCUGUGGGAAAAAUUAGUUACCUUUUCAUGAGGUAAAGGAUGUAUUCAUGGUUAUUUAAGUGACAAAAGAAAAAUGCUCAGGCAAAAGAACCUGGUUUUUUAUAUCAAAAUUUUAAAUAGUCAAUUUUAAUUUGUAACUUUGGAGGGAUUGUGACAUAAAAUGAUAAUUAAAGUGAAAUUAAAACAUUUAAAAUAUUCUUUAGAAUAUUUAGAGGAUGUAAAUCCCCCCAAAUAUUUCUUAGGUAUAAAGAUUUCCUGGAUGAUUGAUAGAGUAGAAAAGUAUGCUGUUUUAUACAUUAACUGUUCUCUAAGAAGGAAAAAUAAACACAACCAGGAGAUUCAGACACUUCAUCCUUAACCAGAAAUGACAAGCCAAGUAUGUUCUCUUUAUGUGGUUAAUUACUUCCAGAUGGAGUUGUGCUUCCCAAACCCUAUAUAUAUUAUACAAUUUUUGGAAAGGGUCUUGAUUUGUUAGUAAGACUAGGACUAUUUCAAUAUUCAUUUGAAGAACAGGAUUUUGUAGAUGGCCUGACAGUAUUU